AUGAGUCCCACGGGGGACAAGUUCGAAUUUGACUCUGGCACGACACUUUAUGUGACAGACGGCAUUCAACGAAAACCCAAAGUGACGCUGUACUCAGCGUCCAAUUCUGAGUCGAAUGAGAAGACCACCCUGCUAUGUCUGGCUAGAGACAUGUUUCCAGACUUGGCCAAGAUCUCAUGGAAGAUUGAGGAUGCAAACGGCGGAAGAACGGAGGUGCCCAAAGCAGAGGGGGAACAGCUGGAGCAGAGGGAGGAAGAACAGACGACCAGUAUGAUCAUCAUUGAUAAAGAGAAGAUGUACAAGAACAAAUACAUCUGUUCUGUGGAGCAUGAAUCGGGUGCUCAACAUUUUGACAUCCCAAAAGCGUACAGAAAUGACACGCAGGAGUCACUGACUCUGCAGUUUACCGAAGAUUCCUUCCAGUCAACGUGCAGUCUGAACCUGGCCUCUCUGGUUUACACAGUGAUGAUAGUGAAAAGCAUGGUGUACUGCUGUGGGCUCUCUCUCCUGCUGCACAACAGGAUCCUGGGAAGAGGACCCAGCACCUGAAGACCUAUAUGAGGAAAAUCAUUUAUGUGCUUUUUUUUUACAUUGAUACAAUGUUGUUCUUUUUUUGUGUGGUUUUUUUACAUUGAUACAGCUUGCAUGACAUUUUCCUUGCCUAACACAGCCUGCUCAAAUUAACCAAGUUGCCAUGAUCUGAUCUGUUCUCCAUGAUCUGUUCUCAACUUGUUUGCUUCAAUGUGCAUGUUCCCGACGCAGAUGUUGAGCCUAGACUUAAUAGUGGUGGGAUAAUAUGGUUCAUGUUUCUUUGGUGUUCUAAGGACAUGUGAAACGGUAGUUACUGGAAACAAGAUAUAGCUAGCUGCAGAACCACAGCUCGAGUGUGUGAAGAGAUGGUUAUCCAAAGCUGCUGGAUGAUUCACUUGGCCUUGAUCUGUUUUUACCUCUAGUAGUGGGUUCACAGCUCUUGCCAUCAAAUUGAAGAAUAUGACAGCGAUGGCAGACGAGUCCGUAAUGGUAGUUUAUGGUUCUUGCAUUUGUAGAAUUAUAGAUCUAUGGCAAAACAAACUUUUUACACUUUUGUUUAUGUGUACGUUUUACCUUGAAACAAUCAAAUGAAAUUAAAUCAAGUUUGGAGAGUUUAAUUUGUUUUUACAUAUAUAUUUUGCAGCAAGGAAAUUAACAUUGUUAUCAAGAUAAGUAUUUUCCAUGUUAUUGUCAUGUUAUUACCAUUUAUUAUGUGCUUCAAUGUAAAGUGCUACCGAAAUGUCUUAUUCAUUGUUUUUCUUUUCUCUACAUCGAAACCAUGAAAUAACACAUAUGGAAUCAUGUAGUAACCAAAAAAGUGUUAAAUAAAUAGAUUUGAGAUUCUUCAAAGUA